AUGUUAUAAACUACAUUAAUUAACACAACUUUUACUUAAUCCUUUCUCGUAAAUAAAUGCUUUUUGAUUUUUAUCCUCUUACAUAUAACUAGCUCUUAAACCCUGAUUUAUUCAGCAUUUACCACUACUACACUGUCUGAUUUCGAUAGUAAUAUAUUUUAUGAGUUUAGAUUGGAAUUUCUUAAAUAUAAGUCCUACUAGCAUAAUCACUCAAUGUGACUCAGAAUAAAUUAUAGGAGGAUAUCAAAGAUUUGCACAUCAGCAAGCUGCUACAAAAUUAUUACAAUUACCACCUCAUUAUAGAAUGAAAAUAUCUUUGACCCUUUAUAUGUAAGCUGUUUAUCUAGCCUAGAAUCGAUACAUGGGAUAACGGUGAAUUCUUCAAAGUAUUUGUAGAUCAACUGUUAGUGUACAAUGUCGAAUAUACAAGAUUUAUGGGCACAUAGCAGGUAUGUGGAUAAGGACACUUCGAUUCAAUUCAUUAAAUAUCGAUGGAGCUCAAUCAUACAGGAUUGACAGCUUUCAUCUACUUAACUAGUAAUUUGAAUGAAGACUUUUUGGAUGUAUGACAAUUCAUAAAUAAAGGAAUCUUGGGGCUUCAAGAAUUUCAGACUCCUUCUUUUCCUGUGUCCCCCAGAAUGCCUUGCUUGUAGUAGUCUAGAUAGGGAUGUUGAUUGUAUCACAUGGACACUAGUUCAUUCCUCCUAUACGGAGUUGAUUUUUGCCAACUUUAUUACAGAUGGAUGGACUAUUAUAAAUGGAGAUCAGAAUAAAUAGCAAUGUAUGAGUAAGAGAUUGGUAUUUCAUUUUAGCGAUUCCUACUAUAUGUGGGAAAGGCGUGUGUGGAUAAAAUACUCAACUAAUAUUGAAUUUAUAGGACUUGCCAGCCCAUUCAGAAAUGAAAGUAAAACUAAAGUAUCUCAGGAUUGGAAGUUGGGGAUGGGAAGAUAUGUUUAAUACAACGGUUGGUGGAAAUGUAAUAUGGAAUUCGUCACUAACCUCACUGCCUAAUUAUUUAUAUGGAAUCUGUGAUUUAACUUCCUAAGAUGUAUUUAUUAAUAUAGAUAUGACAUUUCCUCAUUAUGCAAUAGAUUCCACAGUUAUUAUUUUAAAUAAGUUGAAUGGACCAUUUUCAGAUGAAUCUUUUGGAGCAAGAGAUAUUUAAAUUCUUAUUAGUAUAAAAAGAAUAUUAAGUUAGAAAGAACGACAAUAUGUGGUGACAAGGUUGUUGAUUUAUAAGAAGAAUGCGAUGAUGGCAAUUCGUUUCCAUUUGAUGGUUGCUUUGGCUGUAUGUUUUCAUGCGUAGAUGGAUGUUCAGUCUGUUAAGAUAUGAUCUGUCUUGGUUGUUUAUAGGGAUGGACUUAUUUAGAAUAUGAAUUUAGGUGUGAAAAACAGGUGAAUUAGGAAUUUUCUUGCAAUAAUUAUUCAAUUUAAUGCAUUGAUCAUUGUUUAUAAUUUAAUUCUGGCAUUUCCUAAGUAUGUGAGGACAACUAUUAAUUGGAAAAUAAUUAUUGUCUCUAAGUUGACAAAAUGAAUUUAUGUUAAGCAUAAUGUUAGAUUUGUAUAGACAAUAUUUGUUAUAAAUGUUACCCUGGAUAAAUUUUAAUAUUAGGUAACUGUCAAGAUAUUUGUGGAGAUUAAAUAUCUCCUUACACACUUGAGGAAUGUGUUUGUGAUCUAAAUUGUGAGGAAUGCAUAAAUAACAUUUGUUAUUCAUGCAAGAGCAAUUUAAAAUUACUUGAUAACGAAUGCAUUGGUACUUGUGGGGAUCUUGUAGUUUAAGAAUCGGAAGAUUGUGAUGACGGUAAUGAUAUCGAAUUUGAUGGUUGUUUCUAUUGCCGUUAUUCUUGUCCAAUAGGAUGUAUUAACUGCGAAAAAGGAAAAUGUCUAGAUUUAUGUUUGCCAGGGUUUUAUUUUAUGAAUAAAGUCUGUUCUCCAAUUUGUGGUGAUUCCAUCAUAGCAGGCAAUGAAUAAUGUGAAGAUAAUAAUACAUAAGAAUAUGACGGGUGCUAUCUAUGUAAAUUUUCAUGUCCUCUGAAUUGUUAUGAAUGCAUUGAUGGCACUUGCUUUAAUUGUAAUAUUGGAUUUUAAUUAAUUGAAAAUUAAUGCUCAAAUGUAUGUGGAGAUGGACUUUUGUCAGUUGAAGAACAAUGUGAUGAUGGAAAUCAAGAUAGUGGAGAUGGAUGCACUAAAACAUGUUAAGUGGAAAUUGAUUGGAUCUGCGAUUAAGGGAAAUAUUGCACAUUUGUUAAGUACCCAUAGCUUAUGUGCGGAUUUAUCGAGCAGAAAAAUUAAUACUAAUAUGUUAGAAUUAAAUUCUCUUAGGGUGUUUAAUUACUUUCUGAUAUUGUAUUUUAAGAUGCCAUAGAACUUUCAAUUAUUGAUUUGAAUGAAACAGAUUAUAAUAUUACCAUUAUAGAAGUUCAAUCUGCUUAGUAUUAAGUUAUAUUAGAUGUAGAAUACAUUUUAUAAAUUGAGAUCUUUACUAAUUAACUUUAGUAUCCAAUAUUAACAGUCAAAUUAAAUGAAUAAUUAUACAAUGAUAAUUUAGCCCCUCUAGUAAAUACGGUGGAUUAUUUUUAAUUAAAAUAACCUAAUUAUAUAACAGGUUAAUAGGUUAAAAUUGCUCAAACUGUUUAAUUGGUUAGCAAAGUAUCGUUUCUAUCUAUAUAUGCUUUAUCAAUUAUUUUAAUUAUCUUAGGAAAUGCACUCUCAUUUUGGGGAAUACUGGAUGCCCUUUAGCAGCAAUCAUAUCUCAAAUUCAUCAAUGUCUUAUAUCCUUAAACUUUAAUUAUUUAUUUUUAAUCAACCGAAAUGAUAUCAAUGUAAUCAUUGUUAGAUAGCUUCACAAAUUUAAGCCAGAAGGCAUCAUUACUUUCAUUUCCAUAUAUAGAAUCAUAUGAAAAAUUUUUAUUUUACUAAGUAAAUGCAAAUAUUGCAGAGGGAUUUAGAGCAGAAAUUCUAGUAUUCUUAGCCUUACUUUGUUUAUAUAUAAGUAGUUUAUUUUUGGAGAGAGUUAUUUCAAUCUUGGAAAUGAGUCCACUUUUAUAACGUUUUCCAAAUUUUAUUCGGUUUUUACAAAGCCAUUAAAGAAAACUCAAUAAAAAAAUUAAAAAAUUUGACAGAAGUCUUAUCCAAAGUACUUUGCUAGCUUGUAGUUGGGACCUUAUUUUUAUGGCAAUGCUUGAAAUAUCCUCCAACCAUGAUUUUUCUUAUUAUAGAUCUUAUGUCCGUCUAGCCAUUACUUUUAUAAUAUUAAUCAUAAUUUUCAAUUUAAUCUUAUAGUAAAUGUCUGCAGUAAUUAAUUGGAAAAAAUAAAAUCUAGACCAAUAUUGGUUUCAAAAAUAACCCUUUUUUCUAUUGAUAAAAAAGAUUUUAAUUGUAUCAGUGCUUGUAUUUUAUUAGCGUGAGCAAAUACUAUAAACUUUACUUAUGACUUUAAUCAAUGGAACCUACUUAAUUUAUGUAAUUAACAUGAAGACUGAGAAAGUAUUUGAAAUUAAAAUCAAAAAUAUAAUCAUGGAAGCAUCCCUAACAUUAUUUACGGCAUCGACAAUUGUAAAUUGGGAUAUUUUGUAACGAUACUUUGGAUAUAACUUUAUAAUCAUAAUAGGUUGGAUUUAAAUGUUUCUUUUGGUAGGUGUUCUUAUUUCAUACAUGUUUUUCGAGCUUUAUGAUUUUAUCAAAUUAAUCAAAAAUAAAAUUACAAAAAUGAUUGAAAAAAGAAAUCGUAAAGUUAAAUCUAAUGAAGAGAAGCAAUUAUAAAAUUAAGGAAAUUAACUAUAAAAGGAAAUUAUCUAACCUCAAAAAACUAUAUUUGCAAGAGUGGAAUUUGUUUAUCAAAUACAAAUAAAAAAUUGA